AUGUCAUUUUUUGACAUCGAGGCCCAGUCUUCAAAGAACAACUCCCGACCAGAACCUCAAUCCUCAACAAAUCAAAAAACCAGGGAAUUAAGCGAUUUGAUAGAGACAUUCGCAGAACAGUCACGAAUACUGGAGAAGAAAUGCACCAAAAUAGGUUCUAAAAGAGAUUCCAAGGAGUUAAGAUACAAGAUUGAGACGGAACUAAUACCGAACUGCACCAGUGUGAGGGAUACAAUCGAGAGCAACAUUUUAAUUCAUCAAAAUGGCAAAUUGUCGGGUGACUUCAAAAACCUCAAGACAAAAUACCAAUCUCUUCAACAAUCGUACAACCAAAGAAAGAGCCUGUUCCCUUUAAAGGCCACCAUUACCCCAGGAAUGUCCAAGGGAAGGAACAAUGUUCACCCGAGAACUGAGGCCAUACGACAAGAUCCCGAGUCCAGCUAUAUAUCUAUCAAGGUGAAUGAACAGACUCCAUUGCUUCGCAAUGAAGGACAACACCAACUACAGUUACAAGAGGAACAAGAAUUAGAACAAGGACACCAGGGAUUGUCCCAGGAAGAACUAGAUUUCCAAACCAUUAUUCACCAAGAAAGGUCUCACCAGAUAGGACGCAUUCAUACAGCGGUGCAAGAGGUGAAUGCCAUCUUCAGCCAACUAGGCUCGUUAGUGAAGGAACAGGGCGAACAAGUGACAACCAUAGACGAGAAUAUCUCGCAUCUACACGAUAAUAUGCAAAACGCAAACAAGCAAUUAACGAUGGCAGACCAGCACCAAAGAGAACGGAACAAAUGUGGCAAGGUCACGUUGAUCGUCGCUAUCGUUGUGUGUAUGGUGGUAUUGCUUGCCGUAAUAAGCUAG